AUGAAUGUCCGCCCGCCCAUAGAGACAUCCAACCCGACGGCAGUCCUAUCCGUCUCCUUCAACAAUGACUCUAGCUGCUUCGCCGCCGGCCUCGAGUCUGGCAUCUGCAUCUUUCACACAAAAUCAUGCCUGCUCAAGGCAUCCAGAGAUUUCAAUGCCGGCAUUGGCCUCGUUGAGAUGAUGGGCAUGGCCAACUAUCUCGCCCUCGUAGGAGGCGGCAAGUCUCCCAAGUUCGCCAUGAACAAGGCCAUCAUCUGGGAUGACAUGAAAGGCAAGGUUGCUCUUGAAAUCACCGCCCUCAGCUCCGUCCGUGGGGUGCAGCUCGGCCGCGAGCGCGUCGUCGUCGUGCUCCAAAACAGCGUCCGCAUCUACUCCUUCGCCAAGCCGCCCACCCUGUUGCACGUCUAUGAGACGGCCGACAACUACCGGGGACUAUGCUGUCUCUCCGACAAAAAGGUCGCGUUUCCAGGCCGCACCAUCGGCCAGAUCCAGCUCGUCGACCUUGCCACCGGCAACGUCAGCAUCAUCCCCGCGCACUCCUCCGCCCUCAAGGCCAUCCAGCUGAGCCCCGACGGCGAGCUUCUCGCCAGCGCCAGCGAGACGGGCACGCUCAUUCGUGUGUACUCGACCGGUAACUGCGCGAGAGUAGCCGAAUUGCGGCGCGGCAUCGACCCUGCCACCAUCUUCUCCCUAGCCUUCUCGCCGUCCGGCGGCAUGCUGGCCUGCACCUCGGACAAGUCCACCCUCCACAUCUUCGACGUGCCGAACCCGCGGCGACUGUCUGUGCACAGGAGCCAGCAACUUGGGGGCGACGCCGAAGCGGGGAAAUGGGGCAUCUUGGGAAGAAUACCCCUGAUGCCGCGUGUCUUCUCCGACGUGUACUCCUUUACCUCGGCUCCGUUUGAGGCAGGCGACGAGUCCAUGAUUGGAGGCAUCCCCUUCUCGGAAGGAACCGUUCUAGGCACGACCCGCCCGCCCAAGGGUGUCAUCGGCUGGGUAGCAGAGGACAGUCUCGUCAUCGUCGGCGCAGGACAGGAUGCGCGGUGGGAGAAGUUUGUGCUCGUCGACGGCGAGGAUGGAAAGCGACAUUGUGUCCGCGAAGGCUGGAAGCGAUACCUGGGGAACACAUGA